UUUUAGUAUGAGAUGAGCUGUCUGCACUGCAGAGCAGAAGCAGUGUUGUUAAUACUUUUACUCCUAGGCUAGUGGAAUUUCUGUGCUAAACUGAUGUUCACUUAUCUGUCUCGCGAUUUAUACACCUGAUAGGAUUUCAUUUAUGUUCACUAAAAAAUUUUGGCUCAUUACAUUGUUAAGAUUUAUUCAUUUGAUGGAUAAUGUUUAGGCCUAGGUAGUUAAAAAUUUAAACCUCAGUAGGCCCUAGUCCUAUUGAGUCUCUAAGAGUGAGUGUAGGUCCUUUACCUUCAACAAUGGGAACUCUUGACAAACUUGUCAAAGCUUUGGAAGCUCUUAAAAUAAGUAAAGAACCUCCAUCAACUAUAGAAGAUGAAACACUUGUAAGAAGGAAGAAGAAAGUAGAAUUAUGCAAUUUUGUAGCAGAUACCAUGUGUUCUCCAAAUGUCAAAGGGGCUGCAAACUUUCCGUCGUUACUGUCAUUCUCCAUGGAGACGCUGUUGCAACUCUGUGAUGAUUCAGAUUCUAACAUUCGUUUGGUGGCUGAUGAAAGCCUCAAUAGGAUCAUCAGGGCUAUGAUGGACAACAACAUAGUCAAGGUGCAUGUUGAGCUACACAAGGAGAUUAAGAAGAAUGGAAGUGUUCGCUCCUUGCGUGCUGCACUUUGGAGAUUUGCUCAGCUGGCUCAUAUGAUAAGGCCCCAAAAAGGCAAGGCCUAUAUCCAGAACCUAGUGCCUAGCCUGAUAGAGAUUGCCAAACGUAGAGAGGAACCUGUGCUAGAGACUCUAGCUGCAUCCCUGCCUAGAAUACUGUCUGCUCUGGGCAACUUCACAACGGAUAACAACAUCAGGGAUCUUUUGAAGAGUUUGUUGGUCAACCUGAGUAGUGAUAUCACGGUAGUUCGCCGAACUGCAGCUACUAGUAUUGUCAGUGUUUGCCUCCACAGCCGCAAACCAAGUGUCUUCUUCUCAUACACUCUCAAUUCCUUGUUGGAUGGUAUUGUACCAGUCAAGGAGGGGGAGGAGUUGACUGUACAGGGAACACUAAACUGUGUGAGACUGCUACUACCACAUCUGACCCAGGCCACAGCUGGUGAUCAUGACUGUCUCUUUAGUGUUGAUAGGUUCAUACAAAUAUACGAGUUGUGUCUACACCUGAGUAGUCACCCGGACCACAACAUGGUGACUACAGCAUUAGAGACAUUACAUCAGUUGUUGACAUCAGCUCCUAGACAACUGUUGGACACUCUCCUGUCUCCUCAAGGCAUCAGCAGAUCCCACAUACACACCCAGGCUGCUGAUACUGAAAAACUGUCUCGCAGAUCACUCAGUGAGAUGAGUGUGGCCUCAGUGACAGCAGAUUCUCCUCUGCUGGAUACACAAGAGGAGAUAAUACAAGAUGGCAGACUGGUGCAAUGGAUACACUCCUCCUCCACCUCCUCCCAGAUAGACUCAGCCUCAGAAGAAAGUGAUACAGAGAAUAUAGGAAGUAGGAGAGAAGUUUUACCAAUUCUAGUUGGACCUUCUAUAGAGCGAGCUCCUAGUCUAGAAGCAGAUAUGUUGUUGGCUCGAGACACACCUUCGCCAGAAGCUACAGAUAAUCAACAAAGUCAAUCAGUCGCUAAUGUUCAGGUGUGGGAGGUAGGGUCUACACUAGAUGCUGGCCAGCCAGCUCUAUUACACUGUUGUCGUCGUCUAGUCACAGGGUUCCUGCUACCAGAGGGCAAUUCAGGGCCCAGAAUGCGUGUCAGUGUUAGAGCCUUGGCGUUACAAUGUCUAACUCAGUUAGUCCGUGUACAACCGUCUUUCUUCUUCUGCACUAUUGAUGUCAACAGCCAAGCUACCGCUGAUGGUUUUUCUCAUGUGAGUGAUGUGUUGUGCUUUGCGACCCACUCUGACCAGCAGUUGAGGGGUUUGUGUUGUGUUCUGGUUGGAACAUUUAUCUGCUCUUCAAUCACCACUGCUGCUACAACGUUUGAUCAGUGGGUCAACACUUGUCAACCGACCAAACCAGUCACCCUCCCCUCCCUAGUGUCACUUCUAACCACGGGUCUACAGGACGAGUCCUCCACAUGUGUGAGGCAUGCUCUGACCAGCCUCUGUGUCUGUCUAGGACCUCUGUUGUGUAGUCAUGACCACCAGACUGCUCUACCUAUACUGCCUGCACUACUGAGAGUGGCAGACAACUCUUACUGGCUGGUCAAGGUGAAACUACUGGAACUGCUGGGAUAUUUGUCGUACCUGCAUAUCCACCAUGUGACAGGCAACAGUGAGUUCCAGUCCCAGGUGCUGCACUCUGUCAUGUUGGCACUGCUUGGGGACGAGGAUGCUCGAGUCAGGAAAGCUGCCUCUGAAGCAAUCACUAGAGCAUGUGAAAACAUGUUUCACCCGGUGGACUGGAACAGACUGGACAUUGUUAACUGUGCUGCGGCCUGUCUCAGAGACAUCUACCUCACUGGGCUGUUUGAUAGAGACUGUGAAAAGGCUGUGAGUUCUUCUGUAGAAGGUUCUUUAUCACGUGUUAUUUAUCUUCUUUCAAGACAACUACUACAAUCUUCCUCGAAACACCUAACGGCGGGGUGUUGUGAAGCUCUUAGCUCAUUGGCUGACAAGUUCCCCCCCUCCACCUACCCCAAGGCGUGGCACUGCUAUCUGAAGCAUCUCGCCUCUGAUACCAAGUCCUCUGUAAGUGCCUCAGGUCUUUUAGGUGUUCUAGUGGCAAUGUUAACUGCCUCACCUCUCUCUCUUGACCUGGACGUCCACAACUGGCUGCUACUGCUGGCUGCCAGUAUCUAUACUGGAUUAGCAACCAUGGGAUUAAAAGAAAAAGAAUUAAAUGAGAAAAUGGAAAACAAACAGUUGUGGAGUCACUUUCAAGACCCAAAGAUGGCUGGCUUAAGUGAGUCACUUCUGCAACACCUUGUGCGUAUGUUGUGUGUGUUUGUGAGAGUUCUGGAGGAAGCUCCUGGACCUAAGAACACCAACCCAUCACCAGUCAAGCGGCGACCUACACGCUCCUCCUCCCCAGCCAAGCUCACCCCCUCUACAGGUGAGAAAGACGCUGGGAAGGAAGAGAAAGGAAAGUUUGGUAAUUUCACCCAUCUUCCUCACUACAGCAAACUUUUUGAUAACCUACGAUCUGCUUAUACCAAUCACAAGACGCAGCUGGAAUGUGGUGACAAGAUGGCAGGACUGCUAGGCUCAGUACUACUUUGUAUCAGUCAAGUCUUGGAAUUCUCAACCCUGGCUGAGACAGGCAGGUGUGCUGAGGAACUCUUGCUAUAUUUACGAGUUGUUGUUUCAUUGGAACCAACCGCAAGUGUUGCUACGGUGCAACAGCUGUUGAAGAGUCUGUUUGGGUCCAACCGUGUAGCAGCUUGGGAGGAGGAAGGGAAGAUGUCCCUGCCUGAGCAACACUCUCCCUCCCAUUGCAACACCACCACCAACACACUGGGCUUCUAUGAUCUCAUACUUCACAGGUUUCUUCAACAAAACACAUCACCUACAGAGUCUGACAUCCUGCCUAACAACAACGAGAAAGAAGCUUGGAACCAAAGAAAGACAGUUUCCAUCAUCAAGGGUCUGAUGAAGAGUUCUGAUCGCCAUGCACUAGCCUCUUACAUCCGCCUGUUUGAGCCCAUGGUCAUACAAGCACUGAAGCAAUACACAGUAACCAACAAUGUGAGGCUCCAGGUGGCUGUUCUAUCUCUUCUGACUCAACUAGUCCAGCUGAGAGUCAACUAUUGUCUUCUGGACUCUGACCAAAUAUUCAUCGAGUUUGUGUUGAAACAGUUUGAGUUUUUGGAAGCUGGUCAAAUCAACCAAGCUGAGGUUUUAACCCCCAAGAUGUUUGAGUUUCUGGUGCAUCUGUCUUAUGAGAAGAAUCACUCUAAGCCAGUGAUUGGAGUGGCCAAGGUGAUACAACUCUGUGAUGGCCUCAUGGCCAGUGGGCAGGACCCUCUCACCCACUGUAUCCCAGCCCUGGCGCCCAUAGUAGAGCAUGUAUUUACAGCUACAAGCUCCACUAGUGUCUGGCAAGUCAAAACUCAGAGGGACGUAGUAAUUGCCAUGCUGCUCAGACUAGCUGAAUAUCCUCAGGUGCUGAGUUUGCUGAGUCAGAUCUUGAUAGCUGAGCGAGGUGGGGAGGAGAGCAAGCGUUGGUCUCACCAGACUGCCGAUGUGCUGAUGCCACUUCUGGCGCAGGGAAGAGUCAGACUAGACUCAGCUGAAGCUAUUGUUGCCUUGCUGAAUCUUCUCAAUAGUUUGCUACCUCGCACACUCAGUCCGCCUGAUCCUGUAUUGCGGGUUCUGUUUACCUCACAACUUUUUGAGAUAGAGUACAGCAGCCGCAGCCUAAGCACAAUGUUGGCGAUGCUGUUGUACAUCAUAGGUAGAGAUGAGGAGGACAGUUUUUUGGCUAGACUGGAGGAUCUGAAGCUGUGUGUGCGUGAACAGAGUGAUGAUCCUCUCAAUGCUACAGCCGCUAACCUCAACGACCCACCUCAGACUGUCUUUGCCAGAUUGCUGCUCAGAACAUUGCUGUGCCUUACCACUCAGUUACACUCAGCCACCUUCUGUUCCUAUGGAGACCCAUCUUCAGCCUCCUACCUACAAUACUUGCUGGCCCACUUCUUGCUCUGUUGCUGUCAUUUGCUUAAAUCAAGUAGUCAUCAGGUUAUUGCAGCAGGGUUAGUAGCACUAAUGGCACAAACAGAGGCCGCCAACAUAACUCAGCUGAGUAAGAUGUUUGUCAGUCUGGCACCACGAUGUCCUCUAGUAGUGGUACUUUGGUGUCGUCUACUAGCCUUCGCUGGUAUUGGACAUUGUGAUAAAGCUUUCUGGUCUACGCUUGUUGGAAUAAACAGUGUGGACAUCAAUAACUUCAAACAUUCAUGUUUGAAUUUGGACGUGGUUCACAGAGGCAGCCUUAUCGUGUUUUGCGAUUUUAUUGCAAGCUCAGCUAGGCUUGUAGAGGACAGCGCCUGGCUGCUUGGACGUCAUUUCCCUUCGUUGUUGUCUCUGUAUACAGAGCCCCCCGUGUAUGAGUUGCUUGAAGCCUGUAAGAACAAUCCUGCCACUGCUGGACUACUGCUACCCCCACUGGCAACUGUCGCUGCCAACAACCCUACUCCAUGGCUAGUCAGCAAGAUCCUGGACCUACUGUUCUCUGUCAGUCUGGAUGACUCAGGCUCCGUGCUGACUAUACUCACCAUGCUGCUGCAACAUCCUCACCUAGUGCUGGCCCGGCGUGCUUCAGCACUCGCCUGCUCGAGAGUAGAAUAUCUUCUGAUCUUGGAGAGAGAAGAGGUUGUGAAAAUGUUGGAUCAUGAUGAUCUGCUUAACUUAUUGAGACUGAUAACUACCAAAAACUCACGAUUGGCUACCAAACACAGUGGACUGGUCAGUUUGCUCAACAAGUUAGCGACCACUCACUACGACAUGACUCUUCCAUGUGAACAGGGCCGCAAUGUCAACACUACCAACAUCCAGUCCAUCUGCCUGGACAAGGCUUGGUUCCUUACUCAAGUGCGACUGAGGUGUUGUCAGGUGGAGAGUGCUCAGCAAUGCAGCCAACUGCUGAGUCAGCUGGACUAUGACGACAUUGUGUCUGUAAUGAGAUGCCAGCAAUUUAACAACUGCAUUUUGCAACACUGUUUCAUCCUUGGAACUCAACUUACAAUGCAGGAGCGCAAGACACCCAAGACAUUGAGUGAGCAUCUGUCUCCUCUACACCUUGCUGCCAGGACCACUCUACUGCAGCAUCUACACCAUCUACACACUCUCCUACCCAGGGUGCACCAGGUGUACAGUCCAGUGGGAAGGCUGGCAUUCCCCAAGGAGACCAAGUACACGGAGAGGCUGAAUGAGCUGUUUGGUGACGCAAAGUUUGUGGACACUCUAGUGAAGUUGGUGCCAGCGGUAGUGGCAUAUCUGGCGUCCACCAGAACCACAGGCUGUGAUCCCUCACCUGCAGCUCAAGACCUGGUUACCUUCGGUGUCCUCUGUACUGAGGUAGUACAUUGGAUGUUGAGAAAGUCAUCUCAGUGCCCUAGCCUCAUCAACAACUGCCUGGAAUGUGCUGUAGAUGUGCUGCAACUGGAGGAGGUGUCUGGAUUGUUGUUUAAGUAUUCACAUGUAGUACAUUGGAUGUUGAGAAAGUCAUCUCAGUGCCCUAGCCUCAUCAACAACUGCCUGGAAUGUGCUGUAGAUGUGCUGCAACUGGAGGAGGUGUCUGGAUUGUUGUUUAAGUAUUCACAUGUAGUACAUUGGAUGUUGAGAAAGUCAUCUCAGUGCCCUAGCCUCAUCCAUAACUGCCUGGAAUGUGCUGUAGAUGUGCUGCAACUGGAAAAGGUUCCUGGAUUGUUGUCUGUUACCCACUUGGGUUCUCUGACCUCUGCUUUGGCUCGCCUUGUCUAUUUUUCUACUCGGAACAACCUUAUCAUGCCUAGGCAACAAGGAAAUUCACAACUUGAUUUCAUGGUAAGGAUUGAAGAUGGCAAUAACUUUACUUUACCAAAGCCUAACCAAGGAAAUUAUUUAAACGGUGAAGAUGAAGAUAAUUCCCCUGAAGUAGAGACUGUAGUCGUGUCUCACACGUGUCUCCAGGUAGCAGCUCUAGUCUCAUGGCUGGAGAAUGUUCCACAGCCACUGUCUCACAUACCACCCUUCAUCAUCAACUCCAUCAGAGGCAUGGUACAAAGUGUCAGUAGAUGUCCCCCAGUGUUGUGGCACAGUGUGACCCCACCUGAUGCUUGGCCUCCUACAUCCACAGCUGCUACACCACCUGCUCCUCCACCUCCACCUCCACCUCUUCAUGACAUUGAUUUGCUAAGACAGCAAGUGUUCAGGAUAUCAUUGGUAGGAUGGACCAGUCGUACACAGUUUGAGGAAACUUGGAUGUCUCUACUGACUGUGCUUAGUGCCAGUCCUAGCCCUGACUCUGACCAGGAUGAGAUACAAGCCAUCAUGCAGGGAAGCAGUGUAGCUGUACAGGCCAUCACCUCACUCCUAGUACAGACUCUACUGCAGCCAUCUGCAGGCAACCCCAACACUGGUAGAUUGAUGCACUCUUCCAGAGAUCUGCCUCUAAAUCUACCAGAACAAUGGGGAGGCAAGUUGGAGAUAGUAACAGAUGCUCUCUAUUGGAAACUUAGAGAAUGUCGGACACUUGUACCAACCAGUGUUAAAAUAAGCUGCUUACAUGAUCGAUGCAACAUUGAGAGGCUUCACAAUGUGCACAGGUAUGGCUACAGUCAAGUCUCUGUUAAUUUUUUGAAAACAGCAGUCAUGUCAGCAGAAGAAAGAGCUGCCUAUCCCUCAGUAAACUCUGACUAUGAAGAACAUUUGAGGAGGAUAUCAGAGAGUGGGCUGGACUUACACUCUUGUCUCCAGUUCCUCUUAGAUCUCUACUCACAGUGGACACAGCCCGAGGUGAGUGUUCCACUGAACCUGCUGGUGGAGGUGGUGAGGUCUACGGUGAUCUUGUCAGAUCUGUUCUCUGAGAGAUCUCACUGGGCUUGGCUGCUGGACCUCAGUCUGGAGCUGUCUCGCUCACAUACACCAGAAGACGAGAUCCUACAUCAGUACCUGCUUCUGGCUGCCUGCAAGUCUGCUGCUAUCCUGCCUGCUCUGGAGACAGAGGCCAGUGACAGAGUGUUGAGGCUGCUAGAGGCUGGACUCAAGGCUAACUUCUCAUCCACCAGGCUGGCGGCAGUCCAUGGUCUUCUGUACCUCUUGGAGAGCUUCUCUAGUUAUUACGAUGUUGCAGGAGACAGAGGCCAGAGACAGAGGCCAGUGACAGUGUUGAGGCUGCUAGAGGCUGGACUCAAGGCUAACUUCUCAUCCACCAGGCUGGCAGCAGUUCAUGGUCUUAUGAGACAGAGGCCAGUGACAGUGUUGAGGCUGCUAGAGGCUGGACUCAAGGCUAACUUCUCAUCCACCAGGCUGGCAGCAGUUCAUGGUCUUAUGAGACUGAGGCCAGUGACAGUGUUGAGGCUGCUAGAGGCUGGACUCAAGGCUAACUUCUCAUCCACCAGGCUGGCAGCAGUUCAUGGUCUUAUGAGACAGAGGCCAGUGACAGUGUUGAGGCUGCUAGAGGCUGGACUCAAGGCUAACUUCUCAUCCACCAGGCUGGCGGCAGUCCAUGGUCUUCUGAGACAGAGGCCAGUGACAGUGUUGAGGCUGCUAGAGGCUGGACUCAAGGCUAACUUCUCAUCCACCAGGCUGGCGGCAGUCCAUGGUCUUCUGAGACAGAGGCCAGUGACAGUGUUGAGGCUGCUAGAGGCUGGACUCAAGGCUAACUUCUCAUCCACCAGGCUGGCGGCAGUCCAUGGUCUUCUGAGACAGAGGCCAGUGACAGUGUUGAGGCUGCUAGAGGCUGGACUCAAGGCUAACUUCUCAUCCACCGGGCUGGCGGCAGUCCAUGGUCUUCUGAGACAGAGGCCAGUGACAGUGUUGAGGCUGCUAGAGGCUGGACUCAAGGCUAACUUCUCAUCCACCAGGCUGGCGGCAGUCCAUGGUCUUCUGAGACAGAGGCCAGUGACAGUGUUGAGGCUGCUAGAGGCUGGACUCAAGGCUAACUUCUCAUCCACCAGGCUGGCAGCAGUUCAUGGUCUUAUGUACCUCUUGGAGAGUUUCUCUAGUUAUUACGAUGAGACUGAGGCCAGUGACAGAGUGUUGAGGCUGCUAGAGGCUGGACUCAAGGCUAACUUCUCAUCCACCGGGCUGGCAGCAGAGACUGAGGCCAGUGACAGAGUGUUGAGGCUGCUAGAGGCUGGACUCAAGGCUAACUUCUCAUCCACCAGGCUGGCAGCAGUUCAUGGUCUUAUGUACCUCUUGGAGAGCUUCAUUCAUGUAAAGACUGAGGAAAACGUUAGUGAAACUCCCAGCAAAGUGCCAGAUACAAGGCAAAGACUUCUAUCCAUGGCAAAAGAGUUUAUCAACAAGCACUUUACUACCGAGUCUUCCACUCUACACAGUGAGGACAGCCAGCUAGUGGUGUAUAGUCUGGUGUUUUAUUUAAUGGAACACUCACCAAAUGAUUUACCUUCAGAAGUACAGUCACAUCUGCUACAACUGGUCAUCUCCACAUCCUCUGGAAGACAGAUAGUUCUUUAUCAGGCACUUAUGCAGGGAGUAAGUAGAUUGGUGUUGGCCCAAGUGCCAGGGCUAUUGGAGCCUGUUACGAGGCUAGCUAUGGACAGACUCAACCAAUCAGAUCCUGCAGUGUCUCUGCUUGCUUUGAGGCUACUUCUCAUCUGCAUGUAUAGUGGAGAUUACAGCAGAAUGAGGGGACAAGAGGAUUUUGUAGAUCCUGAGCAGCUUGUGGCGACCAUGGAGAAAACCUCUGCUUUGUUUGAUAGAGUUAAAAAGGGAAGUCCUUCAGAGGUAGAAUGUGUGUGUGCAGUUCUUCCGUACCUACUUGCUGACUUCUUCCCUGCUUCAGAAAUGUUGACCAAAGUCAUAGGAGAAUUUCUUUCACCUCAGCAACCCAACCACAGACACCUAUCUGCUGUUGUUUUUCAGGUGUUAUCACAGGCAUGCAGAGAGGACCAACUACCAUUGCUACAGGCGUGGUUGGUCAUGUCUCUUCAUAUCUUUACUCAGACUCUGCCUGUAGCCACAUCCACUUGGUGCCUUGCCUGCUUCUUCAUCAGUGCCUCCACUAACCCCUGGCUGAGAGCUAUAUUCCCUCAUGUUCAGUCACGGAUGGGUAAGUUCACUUAUGAAGACAGGAAGCUGCUUUGUAUUGCUGCCUCAGACUUCUACAGACAGCUGACUGAUGAUAAGCAAAAGGAAACAUUCUAUAGAACCUUUAAAGAAGCAGCAUCAACUCCACGGAGCCCUUUUGCUGAUGUGAUUGCAAGUCUAUAGUCAAAAAAUUGCAACAGAGUCAAAAUAACAGCUGAAAAAGGGUUGCAGCUUUAACACAUUUUUAAUGAAGACAUACAAACCCAAGACUCACAGUGAAGAGUUAAAUUCUCUUAAUUUUACACUGGUAAUGUUAUGUAGAAAUAAUUUGUUAUAUUUUUAUAAGUUAUUAUAUACUGUUAAUUAGUGUCAGGGUUAAUUGUUGUAUUGACUAGUGUGAUACGUUAAACUACAUUUGUUUUUAUUAAUGUAUAAGUUGAAUUUAUCAGCCAGUACCUUAGUCAUACGCUUUUUACAAUCCAAGUCUAGCCAAUGUAUAGUUUUGUUUUAUUUAUAUUUAUAUAUAGUCAUCAACAACCAAAGGUAUAUUACUUAAACUUGUCUACCUUAGACAUUCCGAUCUUUUUAUCAUUGCUUCCAGGAAAGUGUUAACUGCUAAGGUUGUAUGGAAAGUGUUGAUUAAGUGUUACUGUGGCUAUUAAUACAAUCUGAAUAGUUGGUUACCAUCACGAAUACUUGAACAGAACAAAUAUGUAUCAUAAACAUAAACAAAUGACUUUGCUGACCCGAAUCCUAUACUAAUAGCAUUAACAUAUGGUUUAGACAGUUCCAUUUAAGCAAUGUUAAAUAAUGUUUAUUUUCGGGCCAGGAACGUCAUUUGCUUAUGUUUAUGAUCCAUACCGGUUCUGUUCAAUUAUUCAUGGUUACUGUAGAACACAGAAAAACCACCUCACUAAAUAUCAAAUUGUUAGAGGAGUACAGUAAAAAUUUAAUUUUUCAAUUAAUUUUGUACUAAGAAUUCAUCUUUUAAAUUAAGAAAAUCCAAAAUCUGUAAUGUUAGGCCAUAAAAUAAAAAUAUUUUUCUAAAGGUUUUAUUAUCUGAACUCGGUGUGGUUUUCUCACAGAAAUAUAUAAUAAUGGAUAUCACAAAAGCAUUGAAAGAGUUUGUUAUGGCAUCUCCCUUAGUUAUAUUUCAUGUCAUUCUAUGUAAAUCCUAAUGUUUAAAAUUGUUGUCUAGCCUACAAGUUAAAUAUUUAGCUCUGUUCUUCCUUUAGUUAAGAAACAAUCAAUACAGACAGUGUUAGCACGAUCUGUACAUAACAAACAGAAACAAAGCCUACUAUAAUAUAGCCUACAGGUAAUGUAGGAUUUGGUUUAUGGUAUAGGCCUAGUAAAAGGCCUAAAAAAAUAGUCACUAGCCAAUGAAACAUGGUUGAAUAAAAAUUUAGAUUUUAAGACAUAAUGAGGAUUUUUGACUACAAUACAAGGACUUAAAUUUCUCAUCGAAAAAUCAAACCACAGAACACAUUUUGAAAACCUGAUACAGUUGCCGAUUUGUUUUUUUAAUCUUUAUGACAAUGCAAUUUCUUCAUAAUAUCCCUGAUAUAAAUAUAUAACUUUUUCAGAUUGAUCCUUCUCCUUCCAUGUUUGAAGUUCUUAUGUAGGUAUUUCCCCAAAAUACCUAUAUUUAAUAAAUAAAUACCUUUUAGAAAGUAUUGGCUCAAUAUAAUUAAACCAUAUUUUUGCUUUGAAAAAGUACAUCCUCAGAUAUCCUGAUAGUAAGAGAAAACCAUUUAAAGUGUAACACAAUUUUGUAAUGUAACAUGAGUAUAUCCAAGGCCGCACUAGAUAUGCAGGCCGUCCUGCUAAUUGUGUGACGUCACAACUGUAGGCGGUCCCGCUGCCGCUACACACACAGGGGCUUAUAAAGAUUUAUUGCAAAGAAAUAAACCUACCACCACUUCUUUAUUGUUCGAUAUUUACAAUUUUAUCAUAAACGUUUGAAUGGUUGUGGACGAUUUUGUUAGUAUACCACCGCGUUAUGCCUACUGACCACACCGCAUAGCGGGGAAGCGACCGCCUUCAGUUGUGACGUAGCGCCUGAAGUGGUGGGGGAGCAGCACGGCCCCUAUAUCUAAAGGAACCUUGGUAUAUCACAUAAUCUUUUUAUUAUAUAUUAGUUUUUCUUUCGAUUACUUAAAGUAAUAUCCGUUACCUUAUUACGAUUUCUCGUACAAUUUGUUACUCUGUUAUGAUUUUUUCAGUAACCUACAGUUAUUAUGUUAUGUAUGCUAUCAUGUUUGUAACAUAUUUAAUAUAUUGAAAAUAAAAGUGAGAUGUAAGAUAGUAUUUUGACAAAAUCACAGUUGUACCUAAAUAAAUUUUAUCUAGUAAA